AAAAAUCUUCUCCUUCUUCAUUCAAAAAAAAGAGCUUCAAAGCUGUUAUCAAAUUUUCUCUAGAGAAAAAAUUUUUUUUUUCUUUGAUUUUUCUUUGUUGAAUUGAAUUGAAUUGAAUUGAAUUAAUUCAAUGUCUGCUUCUAAACAAUCCUCUGAAAUCGUGUUAUUCGAACCCCCGGCGAAGAGAUUUCGGGGUAUGGAAGAGGAAGAUGAUGAGGGCAGGAGGGAUGGCACUAAUCCUGCGUUGAAAGUCAUGCCGGAAGAUGUUAUUCAUAAUAUUUUUUCGUUUCUUCCCAUCAAAGACGCUGUCCAAACAGGAAUCGUAUCGCCGAAGUUUCGAAGGUCGUGGCAGUUCUGUCGCCAUUUGAAUUUCGGCACAGAGUUUGCCAGAGGGAAAGCACGACCGGAGUACAUGAGUAUAGUGGACAAGGUGUUUCAACUCCACUCUGGAUCUAAGAUUCAAACUCUCCGUUUGUGUUUUAUUCCGAUCGAGGUUGAAGCCAUGGUGGAAAACUGGAUCAGGCAGGCGAUCCAGAAAGAGGUAGAGGAGCUGGAGCUGAAUUUCCUCCAAGAUAAGACUCGCUACAAACUUCCUUCGGAAUUCCUCGACGUUCCGUCCCUGAAAGUUUUGAGGCUUUGUUGCUGCGAAAUCGAUCUCUCUCCGGACGUUCAGGGAUUGCGCUUGUUGCAAACCGUCGUCCUUCGGAAAAUCCAACUCAAGCUGAAGAUGAUCGAUACGGUGUUCAAAACCUGCAAUCUCCUCGAGAGUUUCGACAUGACGGAGUGCUAUGGCGCAGCUGGUCGUCUGAAGGUUUUUGCUGAUAAUCUGAAACGAUUCAAGGUGCUGAAAGUUGGAAAUUGUAAGGAUCUCUUGGAGAUUCAAAUCAUCAAUGCUCCCUAUUUGCAUACCGUUUUCUACCAAGGAAAAUUCAUCCCCCUCAAAUUCGAAAACACUCCGUGGUUGAAUAAUGUCAUGAUAAAUUUCUCAAAACCAAGAGGUUUCACCAGAUAUCCUCAAAUCGGGAAUCUCGCCAACGAUCUCUCUCGUGUGCUUACACUCACUGUCUCCAGUCCUUUUGUCGAGGAACUCUCCUCCAGUAUGGUAUAUGGGUUGCAAUUUGCGUUCCCCUAUCUGAAGGAGCUGCAACUCAUCAUGGAAGGCACAAGGUACUGCAAUGUGUAUGAUAUUGCUUGUCUCCUCGACAAAUGCCCAUCAUUGGAAAGGCUUUUUAUUGAUUUUAAUGGAUGCUCUUUUGAAGGCGGAAAGUAUUGGAAAUUACACCAAAACCAUAUGAUAAACAAAUUCAUGAAUAACUUGAACAGCCUGAAGCUGGUAAAAUUAAACGGUUUUCGAUUCCUCGAGCAUGAAGCGGAGCUGGGGAAAUUUCUUAUGGAGAGAGCCAGGUUCAUAGAGGUUUUACUUCUUAUAACCCCACAGAACAGUCGUAUCAAAAUCAACAUUCCUGACGCCAUACAUUGCCAUUCUUUAUUCAUGCAUUGGAAAUCUCCAAGGACCAAAAUUGUUGUCUUAGAACAUCUCCAUGAUACCAACUGGAUUUGUCCCAGUCAACCGAAGAUCUGGUAUGAUAACCUCAAUCUAGUUUAAGCUUAAAAGCUAACUAUCGCUAUUCGGAAGAUAAAUAUGCUUGGUGAGAACUGAUUCCGAGCUGGUGUAACAGGGAUUUAUUUUGAAUAUAGGAAAUGUAAAAGUUUCUAAAGCAUUCCCUCAGCCUUAAUUAUAAAUCCCCUGCGUGGGAGAAAUAUAAAACUGUAGAACUCAGUGAGUAAUUGUGUUUGGUUUAGAAGGGAUUGCCUUUCUAUGUUUCCUACAUUUUAAUUGUACCUUUUUUGUUACAUUGGAGUUAUAUAUAUCUCCCUAUGUUAUUGAGUUUUAUAUAUCAUUGUGUUUCUCAUAUUGGUUAAUUACAUACAUUAGUUAUUGAUCAUUGUGUACGUUGCUAAUACUUGCUUGUUGAUAUCCUACCCUCUAGUAGGGCAUCUAGUAAAGUUAAUAUUGUAACAUGCAAUCUUUGAUAAUUUUUGUCACUGAGAGAUGCUAAGCAAGAGAGUGUGUGUGUAUAAAAUUUGUUAUUAGUA